AUGCUACAUGGCUCCCUUACAGAGCUCCUGCUGGAUCACAACUGUCUCACAGUCCUGGAGAGCGGGACCUUCAAGAGCCUGGACAACCUCCAGAAGUUGAACCUUAGCAGCAACCUCAUCUCCAUAGUAAAGCACCGAGCCCUAGGUUACCUGUCUGCCCUGCGCCAGCUCAACCUGGAGGGAAACCAUCUUAUUUCCCUGGGCUCGGGCCGCUUCACAACGCUGCACUCCCUGGUGGAGCUGUGCCUUCGGGGAAACCUGAUCAGUUCCACUGAGCCAGGGGUCUUCACCCCUAUGUCUUCCCUAAACCUGCUGGACCUGGCCCACAACCACCUGGGCACCCUGGGCUACAGGACCCUGCUGAUCAUCCACACUCCCAGCUUCCACGUCCUGCUAGAGAGGAACCCCUGGCAUUCUGACUGCAAACUGCACAGGGUGUUCAGGAAUCUGUGCAUCAUCCACAGGGUCUUCCUGGAUGACUACCAGGAGCUGAAGUGCAGCGAUCCCGUCAAGCUAAAAGGCAGGUCCAUGGGAGAAGUGGAUGAUGAGCUGUGUGUCGGGGAGACCGUGAUGGUGCUCAUUAUAACGGUCACCGUGGUGAUCACCACGGUAGCUGCCAUUAUCACGGUGUAG